AGCCCCCCCUUAGCACCGGGGUAGGACCCAGGUGUCCUGGCGUGUCAGUGCCCCCCCCCCACGGCCCGUCUCUCUCUGCCCCAGCGCCCGCUAGCGCCCCCCAGCCAUGGCGGAGGCCCACCAGGCCGUGGCGUUCCAGUUCACGGUCUCGCCCGAGGGGGUCGACCUGCGGCUCAGCCAUGCGGCCCUGAAGCAGGUCUACCUGGCCGGCCUGCGGUCCUGGAAGAAGAAAAUCACCCGGCUCCGGAACAGCCUGGUGACGGGCGUGUUCCCCGCCAGCCCGGCCAGCUGGCUGGUCAUGGCCGCAGCCAUCCUGGCCAGCCAGGCCUCCCGCCUCGACCCCUCCAUGGGGCUCAUCGGCAAGAUCAAGGAGCACCUGCCCGCCAG